ACUGGAAGCAGGGAGAGGAUGAUCUUUGCCGCCCCUGCCAGCAGCAGCAGCAGCCGGUGAAGGAGAGAAAAACAAGCGCAGGGAGAACUGGGAGAGAUUAUUCAUGAUGUCUGUCAAGAAGGAAGGUGCCCAGAAGAAAUGGGCUGCCGUAAAGGAGAAACUUGGGUCCCAGGAGACUGACCAGUCAGAGGCCAACCUGGAAAAUGCAGAGCCAGAACUAUGCAUUCGCCUCCUACAAAUGCCCUCAGUAGUGAACUACUCUGGUCUCAAGAAGCGACUGGAGAGCAGCGAUGACACCUGGAUGGUCCAGUUCCUGGAGCUGAGUGGCCUAGAUCUGCUCUUAGAGGCCCUGGACAGGCUGUCUGGAAGAGGAGUAUCCAGGAUUUCUGAUGCCCUGCUUCAGCUCACCUGCAUUAACUGUGUGCGAGCUCUCAUGAACUCCCACAAGGGGAUCGAAUACAUUGUCAGCAAUGAAGGCUAUGUCAGGAAACUCUCUCAAGCACUGGACACAUCUAAUGUCAUGGUCAAAAAACAGGUGUUUGACCUGCUAGCUGCACUCUGCAUUUACUCACUGGAUGGGCAUGCCCUGGCUUUGGACGCUCUGGACCAUUAUAAGACUGUGAAGAACCAGCAGUACCGAUUCAGUGUCAUAAUGAAUGAGCUCUUUGCUACGGAUAACGUGCCUUACAUGAUAACGCUGCUAAGUGUUAUUAAUGCCGUGAUCCUGGGGACUGAAGAACUAAGAAUCAGGACGCAGCUCAGAAAUGAGUUUAUAGGUCUUCAGUUGUUGGAUAUUUUAAACAAGCUAAGGUAA